AUGUUCUCAGGUAUUGCCUACAAAGCAGCUUGUACUCUCGGAAUUGAUCAUAAAGACUUUACCGGCGGUGAUCAGCCAGCUUUAGGCUCCCAGAUUAAUCUCGGGCCUCAAACCUCAGAGUUGUUCAGAAGAUGCUUCUGGGCGGUUUGGUUCACCCAGUGCAUCAAUGCAGAUCAUUCUGCGACCGGCUUACCUCAAAGCGAGCGUGUGAUGAACCUCCCACUUCCUAUUGGAGAAAUUGCCUUCCACACAGGUGCUGAGCAACCAUUGAGAACCUUGACGGAAUUGUAUGAAUCACGAAAAAAUGCGCAAAUCGUACAGGAUACGGCCGCUCCAAGUAUCAUGGCGGAGCUAAUGACUCUUAUGUUGAGCUGGGCUGAUAUACGCACUCACAUUCGUUCGAUUCAACGAGCCAAUGCCACAGAAUGGAUAGCACGAAUGUUCGAAAUAGAGGGCCAACUGUCAAACUGGUCAACGCAACUUCAUGAAACUCUCAAGUAUUCGAAACGAAAUCUUUACGAACAACUUGUGGUAAACCAACAACCGGUCUACGUCUUCUUUCAUGUUCUGUAUCACCAAUGUCGCCUUGUUCUUCACUCAUCUCUGGUUCCAAAAUUUGGUGGCCUUCGACUACCUGGAGCAAUACCCACAGAAGCCACAAGCCUUAGUGCUAGGAUCGCUCUUAACAGCGCUCAGAAGAUAUCUGAAAUCGGCACCAACUUACUUGCCCUAGAAUGGCCUCCAAGUCAAAUUCCUUCGUUCGUUGGAUACUGUAUGUAUGUUUCGGCGUCAGUACACAUCACACUUUUGUCUUCUAGAGACCUCGCCCUGGCCACGCUUGCUAAAACCAACUUAAUCACAAGUCUCAAAGUAUUGUCCGCAGUGAAAGUGUACUGGACGAAUCUAGAAAGGCUUUGGGUUCGAAUCAAUUUGUUGUAUGAGGCACAGGUCUCUCGAUACCGUACUCCUCCUGGUGAACCGGGAACGAGUUUGGGGAACUAUCGCACAGAACAAACGGACCUCGAUCAUAUUGCCCAUGAAGCGCGCGAUACUGGUGCACUUUCGGAACCAUUAGCCGAUUCUGUCCUCCAGUAUUCCCUCAGGCAUCUUAAACAAAAUGCCAAACCGAGAUUCGAUAUUGUGCAAGCUCUAGAGAAGGAACCAUACCCAAAUGAACUAACGCAACUGCUUAGUCUCAGUACAGCUCCUCAACAAAGCUCUUUCGUUCAAGGGAUGCCUUCCGAGCAGGCACCGAUCGCGAUGGGUUUCGAUGAGGAAGCUAACAAUGUUCCCAUCUUGCAUAACUCAGCGACUGGCGACUGGAUCAAAGGAUCACUCUUCCAAAUGGAUCAAGGAGUUCCGUAUGACUGGUUGCAAAUGAACCCAAAUGGCUUUCUCCAACCAUUUUCGUCGUACGAUGAGGUCUUUGAUCUUGACUGUAAUAUUUGA